UGUGUGGGACCUUGAGGGUCCUUCAGCGGUUCACACGGAAACCAACUCUAAUGACCGAUGUUUGUUUUGCUACAGUUAGCAGUAUGCCUGCUGAACGCAAACGCUCAGUAAACAUGGAUGAGAAAGACGUUUGCGCCUUCGGUAACAAGGAAAAAGAGAAGGACAGAGAGGGUGAGAGAAGACCAGCAUCUGCCCGAGACAAACCAAAAGAUGAGGCCAAAAUGGGUGGUAAAAAAGAUGGCGGCAAGGAGGAGAAGAGGAAGCGCCUAGAGGAGGAGAAGAAGAAGAAAGAGGAAAAGGAGCGAAGAAAGAAGGAGGAGGAGAAACAGAAAGCAGAGGAGGAACAGAAGAAGAAAGAGGAGGAGGAGAAGAGACAGCAGGAGGAGCAGGAGAGGAAACUUCAAGAGGAGGAGGCCAAACGACAACGUGAGGAGGAGGCAGCGCUCCUCAAGGAAAAGGAGGAGGGGCAUCAGCUGCAUCAAGAGGCCUGGGAACGUCAUCAGUGCAGGAAGGAACUCCGCAGCAAGAACCAGAACGCCCAUGAGGGUCGGCCUGAAGAGGCCUUCUUCAGCCGACUGGACUCCAGCCUGAAAAAGAACACUGCCUUUGUCAAGAAGCUGCGUACACUCACUGAACAGCAGCGAGAUUCUCUCUCCAAUGACUUUGCCUCACUGAACCUCAGCAAGUACAUUGGCGAGGCCGUAAGCUCUGUCGUUGAGGCCAAGCUGAAGAUCUCUGACGUUGGCUGCGCCGUCCACCUGUGCUCCCUCUUCCACCAACGGUACGCUGAGUUUGCUCCGUUACUGUUACAGGCGUGGAAGAAGCACUUUGAAGCGAGGAAGGAAGACAAGGCGCCCAAUGUGAGCAAGCUGCGCACAGAUCUGCGCUUUAUAGCAGAGCUCACCAUCGUUGGCCUCUUCACAGACAAAGAGGGACUGUCGCUUAUUUACGAGCAGCUGAAGAACAUUAUCGGGACGGACCGGGAGACACACACUCAUGUGUCAGUGGUGAUCAGCUUCUGUAAACACUGUGGGGACGACAUUGCUGGUCUCGUGCCCCGCAAGGUGAAACUGGCUGCUGAGAAGUUUGGCUUGUCCUUCCCUCCGAGUGAGAUAAUCAGCACAGAGAAACAGCAGCCAUUCCAGAACCUUCUAAGGGAGUAUUUCACAUCGCUCACCAAACACUUGAAGAAGGACCACCGGGAGCUGCAGAACAUUGAGAGGCAGAACAGGCGUAUCCUACAUUCCAAAGGGGAGCUGAGUGAGGACAGGCACAAGCAAUAUGAAGAGUUUGCCACAUCCUAUCAGAAGCUGCUGGCCAACACUCAGUCCCUGGCUGAUCUGCUCGAUGAAAACAUGCCAGAGCUGCCUCAAGACAAGACUGUGCAGGAGGAGCAUGGUCCUGGCAUUGAUAUUUUCACUCCUGGUAAGCCUGGGGAGUAUGACCUGGAAGGAGGGAUCUGGGAAGAUGAAGACGCACGAAACUUCUAUGAGAACUUAGUGGACCUGAAGGCCUUUGUCCCUGCCAUCCUUUUCAAGGAUAAUGAGAAGAGCAGCCAGGGCAAAGACAAAGAUGACGCAAAAGAUGGGAGAGAAGGGAAGGACACGGCCAGCACCACAGAGGAGCUGGAGUUGGAGCUGGAGGCUCUGGACAUCACAGAUGAACCUCUUGAACUGGAGGGAGCAGACGAGGCAGAGAAUGAAGAACUGGCCAAAAAACUGCUGGAUGAGCAAGAACAAGAGGAUGAGGAGGCAAACACAGGGUCCCACUUGAAGCUAAUUGUGGAUGCCUUCAUCCAGCAGCUCCCCAACUGUGUCAACAGAGACCUCAUAGACAAGGCUGCCAUGGACUUCUGCAUGAACAUGAACACCAAGUCUAACAGGAGGAAGCUUGUCCGGGCGCUCUUCACUGUCCCCAGGCAGAGGCUGGAUCUGCUCCCCUUCUACUCCCGGUUGGUGGCAACUCUUCAUCCCUGCAUGUCUGAUGUGGCAGAGGACCUCUGCUCCAUGCUGAAGGGAGACUUCAGGUUUCAUAUUCGGAAGAAGGACCAGAUCAACAUCGAGACAAAAAAUAAAACUGUCAGAUUCAUCGGGGAACUGGCCAAGUUCAAGAUGUUCUCAAAAACAGACACGCUUCAUUGUCUCAAGAUGCUGCUGUCUGAUUUCACCCAUCACCAUAUAGAGAUGGCCUGUACACUGCUGGAGACCUGUGGCCGCUUCCUCUUCAGAUCCCCCGACUCUCACCUGCGUACCAGUGUCCUGCUGGAGCAAAUGAUGCGUAAAAAGCAGGCGCAGCAUCUGGACGCCCGUUACGUGACCAUGGUGGAGAACGCCUACUACUACUGCAACCCCCCGCCCAUGGAGAAGACGGUGAAGAAGAAGAGGCCGCCGCUGCAGGAGUACAUCCGCAAGCUGCUCUACAAGGACCUGUCCAAGGUCACCACUGAGAAGGUGCUGAGGCAGAUGCGCAAGCUGCCAUGGCAGGACCCCGAGGUUAAGAGCUACCUGAUCUGCUGCAUGGUCAACAUCUGGAACGUCAAGUACAACAGCAUCCACUGUGUCGCCAACCUGCUGGCCGGCCUGGUGGCCUACCAGGAGGACGUGGGCAUCCACGUGGUGGACGGAGUGCUGGAGGACAUCCGGCUGGGCAUGGAGGUCAACCAGCCCAAAUUCAACCAGCGGCGGAUCAGCAGCGCCAAGUUCCUGGGUGAGCUCUACAACUACCGCAUGGUGGAGUCUGCCGUCAUUUUCCGUACCCUCUUCUCCUUCAUUUCCUUUGGGGUCAAUCAGGAUGGCAGCCCCAGCCCUCUGGACCCUCCGGAGCACCUGUUCCGCAUCCGUCUGGUCUGCACCUUGCUCGACACGUGCGGCCAGUACUUUGACCGCGGCUCCAGCAAGAGGAAGCUGGACUGUUUCCUCAUCUACUUCCAGCGAUACAUCUGGUGGAAAAAGAGCAUCGAUGUUUGGACCAAGGAUCACCCGUUCCCCAUUGACAUCGACUACAUGAUCAGCGACACCUUGGAGCUGCUCAGGCCCAAGAUGAGGCUCAGCUGCUCCCUGGAAGAGGCCACCAAACAGGUCACCGACCUGGAGAGGGAGGUGCUCGUCAAGCUAGGUCUAGCCAUGGAGAAGGACGGUCGCUCCAGUGCCAUGAGCGAGGGGGAGGGGCUCGAUGAGGAAGACGAUGAUGGCGACGACGACGAAGAGGGAGGUGCUGAGACCGAGGAGCAGUCGGGCAAUGAGAGCGAAAUGAACGAGCAGGAGGAGGAUGAAGGGUCUGAGAACGAAGAAGAGGAUAGGGAAGAAGAGGAGGAAGAGAACACCGACUACCUGACGGACUCCAAUAAAGAAAAUGAGACUGAUGAGGAGAACAAUGAGGUGACCAUUCGUGGUGGUGGACUGAAGCAUGUGGCCUGCGCUGAGGAUGAGGACUUCAUUCAGGCUCUGGAUAAAAUGAUGCUUGAGAACCUGCAGCAGCGUAGCGGUGAGGCGGUGAAGGUGCACCAGCUUGACGUGGCCAUUCCUCUGCAGCUGAAGAGUCAGCUGAAGAAGGGAGGCUCCGGACAGCCGUGCGUCGGGGAGGGAGACUCGGACAUCUCCGACACCAUGCAGUUCGUCAUGCUGACACGGAAAGGCAACAAGCAGCAGUAUAAGAUCCUGAACGUGCCCCUGUCAUCUCACCUGGCGGCGAACCACUUCAACCAGCAGCAGGCCGAACAGGAGGAGCGCAUGAGGAUGAAGAAACUCACCCUGGACAUCAAUGAGAGACAGGAGCAGGAGGACUACCAGGAGAUGAUGCAGUCCCUUGCCCAGCGUCCAGCUCCAGCCAACACCAACCGGGAGCGUCGGCCUCGCUACCAGCACCCGAAAGGUGCUCCCAACGCCGACCUCAUCUUCAAGACUGGAGGAAGGAGACGCUGAUUGGAGUCUGGGCCCGGGCUGAGCGAGCAAGAGAGCAAAUGAACAAGCGAGAGAGAGAGCGAGCGUGAGAGAGAGAGAAAGAGAAGAUCGGAGGAGAAACCGGUCUAAAACAGAACGAGUCCUCCAGACGCCCACUGAUGAUGCCGGGACAGACCAAAACCCCCUGACCCGAACACACACUCUUACCCUGCUGAGAGGUCCAACGCUAGAGGAGGAGAGACAAAAACUGGGAGCCUGGGGGUCAGAGGUCAGGGGUCAGGGAAGAUGGCUCUCUUUUCUUUUUUUGUCUGUUGCCUGAAAUGACAAAAAAACAACUGUCUGGACCAACUACAAAGAUGACUGAACACCUGACCAGCCGACUGAUGGCGAGACAGACAGGAAGGCAGGGCGAACAGAUCACCUCCCGCCGUCACAGCAGUUCAAGGAAAAAGUGACUCGUGUUUCAGAGUUGAAAACCUGCGAGUGGGCAAAAUUUACAUGAGACUAGCGAGGGAUACUGAUUUAGUUUCUCAUUUGUUUUUUGGACUCGGGAACACGUCAGCUCGGUCUAAUUGUUUUUGCAAAACUGCCAAAAGUGGCACUGAGACGGAGACGAAGGACGGAAUGGCGAGGUUUAAACACUGGUGGUGUGUUCGUAGACUGUUCGCCCAGUGACACAGAGGAAGACAUUGAUGUUUUGUACACAGACGAAGUGGCUGGUGGUGUGGAAUUCUUGUUCUAGAGGCAUAUGUUGAUUCAGAGAGGUGUCAUUAGGACUGCGACUAAAGAUUAUUUUCAGUAUUGAUUAAUCUGUGGGUCUAUAAAAUAUCAGAAAAUAGUGAAAAAUGCCCGUUCACAACCGCAGAAAUAUUCGGUUUACUGUCAAAUUAGACAAAGAAAGCAAAGCAAAAAAGCAAAAAAGCAAAAAAUUAGUCACAGAGACAGACUAUGUAUCUGUCUACUUUCCCUCCUUACUGUCAAAUUACAUAGUUCUGUCUGGUAAAAUGUAUUAAUUUUUUGUUGAUCAGAUUGAUUAAUCAAUUAAGUAUUGCAGUUCUCUCUGUCACUGCCUCUCCACUGAGACUUGUAAACGGCAUGUUCUGCUAUCAUAUACCUUUUCUUGUGGUUCUGUAAAUAAUCAGAGACUAUUCUGACGAUAAAUUAAGUGGCUGUAAGACAUCAGCGUCAUUUCUUUGAGAGGAGGCAGGGCACAUGGGAGGAGAGAAGGGUAUGAUGUUAGGAUUGCAACAGAUUAUUAUUUCAAUUACCAGUUAAUCUGCAGUUUAUUUGUUUGAUUAAUCAGUUAAUUGUUUGGUCUAUGAAAACACCCAAGUGCAGAGAAAAUGGCCACCAUCUAGAUGUUCAGUUUGCUGUGAUGUGAGAGAAGGAAAGGCAGUAAAUUCUCACAUUUCAGAGCCUGAAUCUUUCUUUUUUUAAUUUAAAAGUUAGGUUAGGUUUCCCUGUGUUUCCACUGCUAAACUAAGCUAAGCUAAUCGACUGCAGGCUGUAGAUUCAUAUUUGCCCACAGACACAAGAGUGAUGUCAGUCCUCUUAUCACUGCCAGCAAGAUAGAAUGUAGAUCAACAGCUGCACACUAACACAAUAAACCCUGAAUCAACGUACGACACCAGAACAAGAGUCUCACACCAUCUGAUGCUUUUCGAUCAUGGCAUCAUUCAAACUCCUGGAAGAUCUGGAAACCUGACGGCGCCGACUGACCUGCUCACUGACGGACACUUGAGUGUACAUAAUCGUCAUUUUUUUCCAACUUCUCGUCUCAUUAGAUGUUUUUCUUUUCUCCAGAGUCAGGAGCACCUAAGAGUUAGCUUUGACAAUAUUCAGCUUGCUUUGAUUUGGAUUUGUGUAGUGUAACGCGGAAAAGUGUUUUUUUUUUUUUUUUUUUUGACAAAUGGAUAACCGUGUGCCUGAGUCCUCCUUAGUGAUGACAGUGACUUUAUUCUUUUAGAUUCAUUUUAUCUGUUGAGCCUAUAGAUGGAUAAAUAUACUCUGUGUUCUGCUGCAUGGGCCUUUUCUGCACCAGCUCUGUGUCUUUUGUAGUGAAGCGUCCGACUGUGGCUCUGUUUUAGUUUGUCUGUGUCUAGAUUCACAAAACUAUUGUUCUUUUCCUGCAAGCAAAAGAAAACAACAGCAGCUUACAGCUUUGCGUCUCGGCUCAUGACAGACGAAAUUAAUCACAAUAAAUGAUUGAUGAAGAUGA